AUGGCUGGGAUGGUGCUGCCACUCUGCCUGCUCCUUGCUGCUGCCCUCCGGGGUGGCCUGACCCAGGCACCAGGGCCCGCAGCCCGCCCCGGCCCCCUGCUCCUGCGGCUGCGGCGGCUGGAGGAGCAGUUUCACCGGCUCCAGGAGGUGACGCUGAGCCAUCUCCAGAGCAUCGCCGGGAACUACAACAUCUCCUACAACAUCGAUGGACGCUUCCAGGCGCUGGCGGAGCAGGCGGAGGCGGCCACCGCUGCCCGGGCCACCCUGGGUGCCAAGGUGGCCCGCCUGGCCACUGCUGGCCGGCGGCUGCACCGCAGGCUGAAGCGGCUGGAGGGGGCAGUGGGUGCUCUGAGCCCGUCACACCGCCUGCUCACCCACCCUCCGGGUCCACCAGUGGAGGCUGGCACCAAGCUGGAUAGCCUGCCGGACGCUGCCCGGAGCUGGGGCAGCCAGCUCGAGCGGGAGCUGCAGGGCCAGGUGGCCCCCAGCACCCCCAAGCCUCGGCACCCAAAGGCGAGGCGGUGGCAGCAACGCCGACAGGAGGAAGGGCACCGGCUGCCAGCCGAUGCCGGGCCCAGUGGAGCGCUCGGGGAGGAUGCGGAGUCCCCUCGUGAUGCAGCACCAGGACCUCAAGCCGUGGCACCGGCACUCCCCACCAUGACCGCGGUCCCCCAAGAGCAGCCGCCGUCCCCCAAGCAGCCAGGAGAGGGUAGGUACGGGCCCCCCGCCCUGGCACCCACCUCCCCAGCCUGCCACACUGGCGCCGUCCUGCUCUUCCCCAACACCUCCGCCGAGCACAUGGCCAUCCUGGGGCCGGGGCCGCGCCGGGGGCUGCGGGCACUGUCGCUCUGUGCCUGGCUGGCCACCCCAGCCCCCCACCUCGGUGCCCUCCUCUCCUACGCCACCGAGGACGGUGGCAGCGAGCUGGCUGUGCGUGGCCGUGGUGGGGACCUCCCCGGCUCCACGCGCUUUGUCAUCGGGGAUGGGCAAUUUCGGGAGCUCCCGGUGAUGCCGCUCCUGGAUGGCAAGUGGCACCACCUCUGCCUCACCUGGUCCUCCGGCCAGGGCCAGUACCGCUUCUACGUGGACAGGCGGCUGCUGGCUGCCGGCUCCGGCUUCCGGCAGGGCUAUGAAAUUCCUGCUGGUGGCUUGCUGGUGCUGGGCCAGGAGCAGGACCGCCCCGGCAGGGACUUUGGCACUGCAGAAGCUUUUGUGGGUCACCUGGCUGGUGUCGCUCUCUGGAGCCGGGCUCUCCUGCCUGGGGAGGUGGCCAGCAUGGCAACUGGCCGGGGGCUGCCCCGCGGCCCCCUCCUCACGCUGGCCGAUGCCUCCCUGCAGGGCAGGGUGCAGAGGGUGGCAUGCCCCUGCCUCCAGCACUGCCUGCGAUGA